CACAAUGAACAUAAGUAUUAUUACUCAAUCUUCAAGAUAAUAGCGACCUUAGAAUAUGCCUUGAAUCUGCUGUUAUUUGACCUGCCCUGGAUGUAUCAUGUAGGACUAACAUCUCCGGUGAAUGAAGGCUGAGUCUCCACCCAACCAGCUGUCGCGUGAAUGUCCACCAGAAGUCCCGACCUGCCUCAUGCAGUCUUUGCAGCUGCCUGCACUCAGCACUCACCCAGCCCUGCUCAAUCAGCUCGUCAGCCUGUGGGGCCGUAUCAGGCCCCUUUCUCCUCCAGGCUCUGUUUGACUGUAAGGACUUUGCCACAGAGCUCCUGCCUGAGUUCAAGUGUUUUGCUGAGUUUUUGGUUCCUGCCUGCAACUGCCCAAUUUGACUGGAGAUGUGGCCGUGCUGCCCUGCCCGGCCUUCUGUCUGACAUUCCAGUUUCUGCUGGCAUCAGAGAUUGCCCAUCACCUCACUGGACUGAGCCCUCCUUACGGGAAGUCGCCAUGGAAACCGAGGGGCGCCUGCAAGGAUGCUGGGAGAGAACAGCGGAGCUUGAAGAACCCAGUGACGUAAUGUUACCGAUGUGAGAGAGAGCGAGUGGGACCCUGAUGCGGCCUUCAGUUGCUCCUCGUAAAGUAGACUACCCAUUCUGACGGAUGCUUGAAUGCAGCAGCUGGCUGCUCCGCUAGCAGCCAGAGGAACGGACAGCGCUAUGCACGAGGCAGGGACCAUCUCCACCGGGAAGCUGUCAGGAGACAACGCUUGAUCUUUGAGCUUGGCGGACAGAUUUGAUCUUGGGCAGUAGAGAGGAUCAUGAAGAUCACAUCCUCCUUUCAGAUCAAAUCUCCAUGGCAGCAGUGAUGGUUUUAGGAUAGAGAACCUUCCUGGUAAUCUCCGGUUCCUGUCCUCUACCCUGAUGCUCGCCUCAGGCCAGCCCCUCAGGACAGCCCCUCAGGACCAAGAAAGAGAAACCAUCAAGAAACGAUAUGACUGAGACAAGGCGUGUGACCGAGGUUGGAUCCUCCCAGAGAUUGGGUCUCCUCUUUUUAACGAAGCUAAGUUGAUGUUUCCUAUUUUUUUGGAUUGAGAUUCAUGCACCACAAUCGGGAACCAAGUUGGAAGGAGACUGAAAUACUUUGAGCAGGUAUUUCCCUUAAUUCCCUAAGAAGCACGUUGUAAAGAUUGGAUAUUUAUCUGUGGGGAAAAUCUGAGCAGUCACUCACUUAUGGGAAGAUGGAUGCAGGAGCAGAGGCUAGUCCACAACAGCACCCAAGGAGGAAACCUGUGCAGCACGGCUUGGAGGACCAGAAAAGGAUCUACACGGACUGGGCCAACCACUACCUUGCCAAGUCAGGGAACAAGCGUCUGAUCAAGGACCUGCAAACGGACGUCGCAGACGGAGUGCUGCUGGCUGAGAUCAUACAGGUCGUAGCCAAUGAGAAGAUCGGCGAUAUCAAUGGCUGUCCCAAGAGCCGUUCUCAGAUGAUUGAGAACAUCGAUGCCUGCCUCAAUUUCCUGGCAGCCAAAGGAGUCAACAUCCAGGGUCUGUCUUCAGAGGAGAUUCGUAAUGGUAAUCUGAAAGCCAUCCUCGGCCUCUUCUUCAGCUUGUCCCGCUACAAACAGCAGCAGCAGCAGGCCCAGCGGCAGCACUCGCAGCCCUCUUACCCACCCACCGCCCAGCCCCAGGGCACGCACCCUCCUCUGAGCCAGCAGAGCAGCGCCCCGGCCCAGCUCAGCCACUCUACGCAUGGGACUCCUGCCCUUACAGCCCAGAAAGCAGCACAGGCCGAGAUGCAGUCCAGGGAUGGUUCUCAGAGUAAACUGCUCAAGUUUUCACUUGGUCAGAAAAAGACCUCUAGACUUCCCGGCCCCUCAGCACGGGUGUCCACUGCUGGCGGUGACAACCCUCCAAGAGGCUCGGUCAGUGCUGCUGGGAACAGACGGAGCCAGGGUUUCAGUGACAAGACCAAAGCCAACUCGCACCUGAACAAAGAUUCCUCAGAGGGCAUGACCUCACAGCCUUUGGUGAUGACUGAGCAUGCUCCGUCAUCCGCAGUGACCGUCAGCUCCUCCACCAGCAUCCCCGCUGCUACCUCCGCCCAGAUUCCUCCCCCAUCUUCGUCCUCGUCCUCUUCAUCCACGGCCAUUCCCCAGCCCAAUAGCAACAGCAAGCCUUGGAGGAGCAAGUCGGUGAGCUCCAAGCACAUCUCUCCUUCUCCCUCCUCCACCAGCACCGCCGCGUCUGCCAUGCAGUCCAUCAAGCAGGAGAAGGACUCCUCCGGUAAGGCCGAAGCUCCUCCUAAGGUUGUCCCUCAGAAGUCGAUGCUGGAGAAGCUAAAGCUCUUCAACAGCAAAGGAGGCUCCAAAUCUUCCGCCUCCUCCAAUGGAGUAGUGGUGCAGACUGAGAACGCUGCCCCGGCCAAGCAGCUCGGAGCGGUGCAGGUGGAUCGAACCGAGACGGGCUCCAACACCGACCCCCUGGAUGAAGACGAUGGUAACGUCCGGCCGGGAAUGAACGGGACCAGCAAUGGGACGGCCUACGGAGCAGCUCCCUCAGCAGGUACUACUGUCUCCACCACCGCCAGCAGUCCCAAAAUGGCCCUGAGGGGCAUUGCCCAGCGCACUUUCAGCAGAGCUUUGACUGCCAAGAAGGGCUCUGCCAAAAGCACAGAGAAAGACAAGGAGAGGGGGAAGGAGAAAGGGAAGGAGGUGGGGAAGCGCAUCUCGGUCCCCGACAGGAUGGAGCUCAGGGGGGACGAGCUUAAGGAGGAAGCAGCACCUGUUGCUGCAGGCACAGACAGCUCAAACAAAAGGACCUCUAAAAUCACCAGCUUCAUACCCAAGGGGGGUAAAGUGGCCAAAAAGGAGAGUUCCACCCCUGCACACAGCGGAAUACCAAAGCCAGGAGGCAAAGCCCCGGGAGUCGGGGGGAAAGCUUCCUCAGUGAAGGAGGCGGGGGAGAGGCCUCGGAGCAUGCGCUUAGGAGGGGGUCUCGCCAUGCACCGCGGCCCCCUGGACAGAGACAGGGACAGCAGACACUCCAGCUCUACGUCCAGUCUGGCCUCCACAGAGGGAAAGACCAGCGCCUCCCCUGUGGCAGGAGGAGGCACUACACAGAGCACAGCCAGCAACACCAUCAGCGUGCAGCUACCUCAGACUCAACAGCACCACAGCCACCCCAACACGGCCACCGUUGCACCUUUCAUGUACAGAUCCCAAACAGACGGCUUGGAAUCGGCACACAUUGAGUCCUGCUCAGGGGGAAGAGGUGGAGACGUUUCCUUCACCAAGACCAGCCAGCUGUCCAUCGAGGACCUUUCAGGUGAAGACCCAGAGACGAGGCGGUUGCGUACUGUCAAAAACAUCGCUGACCUGCGGCAAAACCUGGAGGAUACGAUGUCCAGCUUGCGGGGAACUCAGGUCUCACACAGCACCUUGGAGACCACCUUCGACGGCAAUGUCACCACAGACGUCAGCAGUGGCGGAGGUGGCAGUAGUGGCAGCAACAACAGCGGAGCAGGGAGUCGGAGCAUCCUCAGCCUCACUUCUACCCGCCCCUCCCUGUCGUCAUGGCGACUGGGCCAGUCUAGCCCUCGUCUACAGGCGGGCGACGCCCCAUCUCUGGGAAACAGUUACGGCAGCGGUCGGGCGGCCGGCGGUCAGGGAGGACGCUACCUGUACCCCGGCCACCUCCGGCGGCAGCUGGCUGGCAGGGGAGGAGCCAUCUGCAGCGUGGACCUCGUAGACAGAGCCGGGGACGACAGUGACCUGGACAGCAUCGCCGCGGACGUCACUGGAUACAUGAGUGAUGGGGACGUGCUGACCAAAAACGCUGUACGCACUGAUGAUGUCGCCAGCGGCUAUAUGACUGACGGAGGUUUGGGUCUGUACACGCGGCGCCUGAACCGCCUGCCCGAUAGCAUGGCCGCCGUCCGAGAGACACUGCAUCGAAAAACGUCAUCAGGACAGGGAGAUGCAGACAGCUGGGAUGACAGCAGCUCUGUGAGCAGUGGCAUCAGCGACAACAUCGACACAGAUGACAUCAACACCAGCUCCUCCAUCUCCUCCUACGCCAACACGCCCGCUGCAAAGCGCAAGGGCCUCAACACACAGCCUGUAACAGAUGCAGAGAAGCACUCUGCCUCCACAGCGGUGCACCAGGCCUGGUCAGGUGACGAGGUGAAGAGGCCAGACUGCGGGUCAGACAGCGGGGUCAGGAUGGAGCCAGGCUCCAAGUGGAGCCGCCGGAACCCCUCCGACAUCUCUGACGAGUCAGACAAGGGCAGCUCGGGGAGGAAGACCCCCUCCGUGUCCCACACGGGCUCUUGGAGGAGAGGCAUGAGCACUCAGGUGGGGGUGACGUCCCCCCGGACUAAAAGCAACAGUAGCACAGGCUCCACUAGCUCUGGUGGCCUCAAGACCCACAGUUCAGGUAAGACAGAUGACGUCAAGGUUUCAGAAAAGGGUCGUCUCUCUCCUCGUCCUAACGGCCUUCACCGCUCGCCCUCAGACGCAGGACGCAGCAGCGGCGAUGAGGCAAAGAAACAAUCGAUCCCCACCAGCCGCACGACGACAACCAACGCGCUUACACACACUGUCUCAGACCCCCACUCCCAUACACAUGCACACACCUCGCGUACCCCUACCAGCACCUUCGGCUUCAAGAAGCAGGGUCAUGGGAUGAUAACCAUGGUUACUGCCAGCGGCGCCACCAUCACAAGUGGCUCAGCCACACUGGGGAAGAUGCCCAAAUCUGGGGCACGCUCACUUGCAGGAGGGUUGAAGGCCGGUGGGCACGAUGGCGGGUCGGCGCUGGGUCACCACGACGACGGCUUCCUCCCUAUGAGUGCCCGAUCCACUCUGCAGUACCGCAGCCUGCCGAGACCCAGCCGCUCGGGAGCGACCGCCCGCAACGGAAACCGCUCCUCCACCAGUAGCAUCGAGGCCGCCGUGCUAUCCGUCACGACUCAUGGGAAAAACUCAAUCAGCAUGACUAAGGCCAACGGUUCAGGAGGCCUGAUGGCCAAUCAGACGGAUCGGGAGAAGGGCGUCUCUGAGAUCGACAACCCGAGGAGCGGAGUCGUGAUGCAGAGUGGAGGAGCAGCGACUGUUCCUCUGACAGGAAGACAGCAGGUUUCCUCACCUACACUGCGCAGAUUGUUUGGUGGGAAGCCCAAUAAACAGGCUCCGGUCACUACGGCUGAAAACAUGAAGAACUCCACUGUUAUCUCCAAUCCCCACGCCACCAUGAACCACGUGGGCACGGUGCUGGAGUCCCCCGACGGAGGGCUGGGAGGCGUAGACAGCGAGACCAACAGCCCCCUGUUUGGAGGCAGAGUGCAGGGAAUAGGGCUGGGGACGCUGGGCAGCGAGCAGGCCUCCAGUCCCGGCUCAGUCUACUCCUCCACCGGCCCCUCCAACAGCCUGACGUGGGGCACCACCUUCAGCAGCUCCUCCGCCCAGAGCAGGGAAAGCACGCUGGGCGGGCAUGGCGGGGCAGGCAGCUUGGGAUACCCCUCCGUCAGCAGCAUGCACACCAGCAGCGAGUCCAUCGACAUGAGCCUGGGCAGCGCCGGCCAUGGGACCCACAGGGAAGACACGCUGUCCGCUCUGGGCCGCACCGGCAGUGUCAAGACUGGCAUGUCUGAGAGUCCCCUCUCCUCCCCCUCCGCUAGCCCUUUAUUCAGCCGAAACACGCUACCUCGGAGGCAGGACAGCGGGACACACUGUGGUAGAAACACUCUGCCUAAGAAAGGACUCAGGUAUGGACCUUCCCCGCAGCUGCGAAGCCACGAAGAGGCCCGUGAUUGGCUGCGCUCCCACUCAACCAGCGGGCUGCAGGAAUCAGUCAGCAACUCCCCGUUCUCCCCCAGCUCCAGCCUCACCUCCCCCUCCGGCACUCGCUUCAACUUCGGACAGCUUGCAUCCAGCCCAACCUCGGCAGCUCAGAUCAACCUCGCCAGUAUGCGCAACAACAGCCUGACAAAUCAGGACGUCUCCUAUGACCCUUGCGGCGACAACCGACUGAGAAACUCAUGCAUGUCGCUUGACGAGAAGACUCGCACCAUGAGCAGAUCGGGCUCCUUCAGGGACGGCUUUGAGGAAGUUCACGGAUCAUCUCUGUCUCUGGUCUCCAGCACUUCUUCCAUUUACUCCACAAACGAGGAGAAGUCUCAGUCGGAGAUCCGCAAAUUGCGUCGGGAGCUAGACGCUUCGCAGGAAAAGGUUUCCGCCCUGACGACACAGCUGAGUGCAAACGCUCACCUGGUGGCAGCGUUUGAACAGAGUCUGGGGAACAUGACCAUUAGACUGAAGAGUCUCACCUUGACGGCAGAGCAGAAGGACUCUGAGCUGAACGAGUUGAGGAAGACCAUCGAGCUGCUGAAGAAGCAGAACGCUGUGGCUCAGGCCGCCAUCAACGGAGUCAUCAACACACCUGAGCUCACGCGUAAAGGGGACAGGACAGCCGGCAGUAACGGCAGUUCACCUCAGCAGCAGCAGAGUCAGCAGCCGGACCUGCGCAUCAGGAGGCAGCACUCCUCUGACAGCGUCAGCAGCGUCGCCAGCGCAACCAGCCACUCCAGCGUCGGCUCCAACAUGGACUCCGACGCAAAAAACAAGAAAAAGAACAAGAAGAACUGGGCAUCUUUCACUGGGGAAAAGGUCUAUGAGCUGCGAAGCUCCUUCAAACAAGCGUUCAGCAAGAAGAAAUCUCCCAAGUCGGCCUCUUCUCACUCCGACAUCGAGGAGAUGACGGACUCGUCGCUGCCGUCCUCCCCUAAGCUGCCCCACAACGGCACCACAGCCUCCGGCCACAUGCUCAGGAACACACACUCCAACUCGCUAUUGUCUGAGUGCUUGGACAGCGAGGCGGAGACGGUGAUGCAGCUGCGCAGCGAGCUCAGGGAGAAGGAGAUGAAACUGACUGAUAUCCGCUUGGAGGCUCUCAGCUCCGCUCAUCAGCUGGACCAGCUCCGGGAGGCCAUGAACCGCAUGCAGGGGGAGAUCGAGAAGCUGAAGGUGGAGAAUGACCGUCUGAAGGUGGAGAAUAAGGGCAGCAGGAUGGGCUCCCAGGCCUCCAUCUCUUCCUCCCCCCCCCCUCACACACACAGCCAGGCCCAGGGAAGCGGGCCAGGGCUCUCCCAGCACAGCCUCAACCUCACCACCAGCGAGUCCACCAGCCUGGACAUGCUGCUGGACGACACCGGCGGAGAGGGAGGGUUGAGGAAGGAGGGGCGGCACGUGAAGAUGGUUGUCAGCCUGGACGAGCAGGACGGCCGGCUUCGUCAUUUUCUAAUCGGUUGUAUCGGUGUGAGUGGUAAAACCAAGUGGGACGUCCUGGACGGAGUCGUCCGACGCCUUUUCAAGGAGUACAUCACCCAUGUGGACCCGGUGAGUCAGCUGGGCCUGAGCUCAGACAGCGUGGAGGGAUACAACAUCGGAGAAAUCCACCGGCCCAGCAUCGCCCGUGCCGCCCACUCGCCCGAGCUGCUGCCCUGCGGCUACCUGGUGGGAGACAGCAACACCAUCAAUAUCCAGCUCAAAGGUGUGAGCAGUGAGAACGUGGACUCUCUGGUGUUCGACACUCUGAUCCCGAAGCCGAUGCUGCAGCGCUACGUCUCCCUGCUGAAGGAGCACAGACGCGUCAUCCUGUCGGGCCCCAGCGGUACAGGGAAGACUUACCUGGCCAAUCGGCUGUCUCGACACCUGCUGCUGCUGGAGGGCCGACCUUUGACCCCGCACUCUGUCGUCACUUUCAACGUGGACCACAAGUCCAGCAAGGAGUUGCGUCAGUACCUGUCGGGUUUGGUCGAGCAGUGCAGCGGUGUUGCGGGGGCGGGCGGCCCUCUGGUGGUCAUUCUGGACAACCUGCACCACGUCAGCUCACUGGGAGAGAUCUUCAACGGCGUCUUCAACUGCAACUCCCAGCACUGCCCCUACAUUAUCGGCACCAUGAGCCAAGCCACGUCCUCUGCCCCCAACCUGCAGCUUCACCACAACUUCAGGUGGGUGCUGUGCGCCAACCACGUGGAGCCGGUGAAAGGCUUCCUCGGUCGCCACCUGAGGAGGAAACUGAUCGAGACGGAGAUUGGCAGCCGGACGCGCAACAUGGAGCUGGUGAGGAUCAUCGACUGGAUCCCGCGGGUUUGGCACCACCUCAACCGCUUCCUAGAGAUGCACAGCUCCUCCGACGUCACCAUCGGACCUCGUCUCUUGCUGUCCUGUCCCAUGGACGUGGAGGGAUCCAGGGUUUGGUUCACUGACCUCUGGAACUACUCCAUCAUCCCCUACAUGCUGGAAGCCGUACGAGAAGGACUGCAGCUGUACGGCCGCAGGGCUGCGUGGGAGGACCCAGCUGCCUGGGUGAUUGACACGUACCCGUGGUCAGCCACGUCCACUCCGGCUGAUUGGCCGCCGCUGCUGCAGCUCCGCCCAGAGGAUGUGGGGUUCGAUGGCUACUCUGCCCCGAGAGAAGGAGUCAGGAAAGAGCCCCCACAGAGCGACAGCGACGCAGACCCACUGAUGAACAUGCUGAUGCGUCUGAAGGAGGCGGCGACGUCAUCGAGCCCGCAGAGCUACGACAGCGACUCCAACAGCAACAGUCACCAGGACGACAUCCUGGACACCUCGCUGGAGUCGACCUUGUGAUGCAACACUGGGAUCUGUUUUCAGGAGGAACUUUUUAUAAGAACUCUUCUCAACUGUGAGAACAUCUUGUUUAGAGUAUAAUUUCUCGCCACAAAAUCCAGCCACCUUAAUUUGGGUGCAGGUAACCCAAAUAUUUAAAAAGAAGAAAAAAAAGGUUCAAAUUGCAUUUCAGAAAACGGGCAACGGAUGUUUCUACUGCACUGCGCUGUUUUUUUUUGUUUUUCACCGCUGUGGCCCGUGGCUCCUCUGUCAGGAGCCUGACAUCUACUUCAGACUGACAGAAUAAAAGCACACAGCCUGUCACUGUUUGUGGGGCGUCAUCAUCACCGUCAUCAGCCAUCAGCCAUCAGCUUACUUAAACACCAGCCGGGAAUCCUCCAAUCUCAACUGAGACACAGCAUCAGCUCCAGCUCAUUAGCCUCAGAUUCUCCUGGUCCUGCCCAGCUGCAGAGCAUCUGAGCUGCCUGCAGAUGGCGAUACAGACCCUCGUCCCCGGAGCGUCGGUGAGCCUGAGCUACCAGCCGCUGAGAACACAGAUGAGGCUGCUGUCUCCUGCUCUUCCUCCUCCUCCGCGGCUGAAGUUUCCUGUGUGAUUGCUGGAAUAUAAAUAGAUGCAAAGUGAAUGUUAAAUCCUGUAGCAUUACACUUCCAAAAACUCUUCAGAGAGAUCAUUAAUACAUCCCAAACUAUGUCAACGCCACAUUUCAGUUGAAAAUAGUGUAGUAAUAUUCUGUGAAGGACAUACGUGUCCACAAAAAGUAAUUAUGAGAGCACUAAUAAAAAGCACAGAUACAUCUGAAUGUUUUUUCAAAGUAGUUAUUUUGAAAAGUAGCAGAGUACCAUAUUAAGUGCAUAUCUUUCAUUGGCCUAACACAACUGUAAACACAGACCACGUGUGCUGCUAAUUUACAAAGCAAGUCAAUGACAAAAUCAUAAUUUACAAAAUCAAAAAGAGUCAUUUCAGACUUUGAGGAGGAAAGGGCACUAACUGGGAAAUGGUUAGAUUUAUCUGUACCAUGUACCUUCACAAGCAACGCCUCUAUCACUGCUAAGUUCUCGCUCUGACCACUUUACAAUCCUUUGAGAGCUCCACGCACAUUUGCCCAAACAGGCUGUUGUAGCACAAAAGUCUUUUUUUGGUGCUGGACUGCAUUUCUAACAAACAAUGCCUUACUCUUUUCUAACAGACUAUGAGCAUUAGCUGAUUCUUUAUUUGUCUAAAUGGCUGUAAACUUAACAGGGCUCCGAGUCGACUCGCUCCUCGAGCAUGUCGGGUUGUCGAGGAGCGCCGUCGACCUCUCAUCAUAUCGAACACCAAUGCCGUGAGAUUGAGACGUGAAUGAGAAGCAGUACUUUGGGUUUCAAAUUAAGUUGAAUGCAUGUAUGACCCAGUGCUGUGAAGCUGGUGUAAAUAUUUGGACCACUAGCAAGAAAGAAAAAUAUAUAGAUGUGUUUUGGUACUUGAAAUCAGAACGUUUUGCAGGUUGAUUGGGUGAGGGACGUUUAAGAUGUGUUGAUUUUAUACCUCAUCCCCAUCCUUUAACUGCUUUCGCCGGUCUGUUUUAUGCGAUUUGUGAUGAAUAAAACUGUCCUAACAAACAUGUUGAACUAAUUAAGUGAAAACUUGUGUAUAUGCUGCUUUGUUUAUAGUGAUAUAAUUAAUCUGAGGAUAAAGGUUCAAAGGUACUUGUGGUUGGAUGAUGAUGUAAAACGGUUUGACAUGUGUCUUGAAAUAUAGAGAAUAUUGUACUUUUUAUUUGCUUUAAACCUCCCGGCCUGCCUUCUGGGAAGGGCAGGCGGACGUUUAAAGCCGGGGUCAUGUCGUCCAGCACGGCUUUCAUCGCUUUCAGUGUUUUUGUCACAGAUCCUAUGCAACAUUCAUUCUGAUCUCCAAAUGGAAGCCAAAAGCUGAAUGUGCGCUUGUCCCCCGCGUGGUUGUCAGUACUGCCGAGACGUAAAGCAUGGAACUAGAUUUGUGAGGACUUUUCAGAUUUGUGGCCCAUGUUCUUUGUCCAUAUGUGUGUCUGUGUAGUUUAUAGUAGCGCUCCUGCUAUGGUCCGUGUAAGCACAAAGAGACUGAUUCUGUUUGUCUUUAGUGAAGCCUGCGCUGAGAGGUGUGGAUGGUGUCGAAGCAUUUGACCAGUCUGUCAGUUUAUUACUCACAAACUCUAUGAAUGUUUAGCCUUCUUUGCUAUGUAAAUUUUUUUAUAUGUAACAUAACUUUGUAAAUAGUUGAUUAUCUCGCAGCAUUUUGAUGACUUUUUUCUAGCUGAUUUGUUACAGUACUUGAAAAGGAGUAUUUUGUGUACAGUCUCUUUACAUCAGAGCAGAUUGAUGCGGUGUGUCAUCACUGGUCUGUCCAGGGCUCACUGUACUAGUCUUAAGUUAUUGUGAUUCAAUAAAAUUAAUGAUUAUUUAUGA